CGUCCCCCCAGUAAAAAAAUCCCCACUACACCACUGUGGAGAAUAGAUAAAGAAGUCCUGUCACAAGUUAAUCGGAGAGGAUCACAGCUGGCCACGGAUCUCGAUGCUGCAUUCGGGCUAUCGUUUACUUUUUCAACUUUUGGGAGGUCCAGAAAAUUGGUAAAGAGUGCAACGGACAUUCUGUCAUGCAUCCAGAGGCUGCAAGACAAGACAAAAGGGCCCCUGGCAGAAGAAAGCGCGUAUCCAGAAGAGAGUUUCUGGGGAAUUGUCUGCAAGGACUUAGGAAUCACCAACGUCCCAAGUAAUACGAUUAGAAUUAAAAAUGCCUACCUUCAACAUCAACAGGGCAGUGUGCAAGCGGAAGUCGACAAACCAGACACGUCGACUGUGGUGCCACAAGAUGGAACUGAGUUGGACUCAGCCAGCUGUGGACCCAAUCCUGAAGACAUGCCAGAUGUGAGCCCUGAAAAGUCCCAAAAUGACAGACUCAGCAAGCUGUGAGCCCCUGCUGGAAGUCCGCCAAGACACAGAUAACAGUCUUUCAUCACCAAAUGACAAUGAAUCAUCAUCUGUGGAUGACAGCCAAGAGAAUACCAGCAGUGGCUGCAGUAGUAGCAGUACCACAUCAUCUACAAAGGACGAAGAGAAGCAGAAAUACUUCACCCACAAAUUGCCUGAGCAACCCUGUUUUUUUUUCAUUCCACACAAGGAAUGGAGAAAACUCAGAAAGACCCAACAAAAACGGCAGUUCAAAAGUUUGCAUUGGACAAAUGUGAUUGCAAAAGGUAUCCGAAGUGUCCAUCCACACUGUAGUUUUGGUUUCAAGAGGCACAGUGUGAAAAUGAUAGGCUCUAUGACAAAAAAGCCACUGUUUACCUGCACUGGGUACUGCCGUUUUGAUGACUGUCAGGUUAAAGUAAAUGUGAAAGUGGAAAGUGAGUCGUCCCUCAAGGCUGUUGUCUGCUUCCAGGGGGGCAUUGUACGGCACAGCCUUCAACAGCUGAGAAGGAGGCCAAUUAGAGCUGAAGAAAGGCAGCUGAUAGCAGACACUCUUAGCUCUAAACUCCCAAGAACUGUAUAUCUACAAAGCUUGAACAAGUUGGAGGAGACUGUUCUGCAAUCUGGUUGCAGAGAUGAGGUGCCGACAACUGGAGUCUUAAAGACUUUAUCUUGGGGUGAAAGGGAAAAGCAGAGGAGGCACGAAAAUGAGAUGGUGAGUCUGCAACUUAUGUCUGAGGAUGUUCAAGACAAAGAUGACCAGUGGAUUCAGAAGGUAAUUCUGCAGCCAAAAGGUGUCAUGCUUUGGUCUAAGAGAACAAUUAGGUUAUUCCAUGACAGAUCGAAGGAGGACAUUGUCUACCUAGAUGCCACAGGUAGCAUUGUUAAAAAGGCAAAAGGGGAGAGCACACCUUUUUACAUCUACGAACUUGUGGUCAGAAAUCCAAUAAAAGGAUGCUCCCCUGUCCCUGUUGCCACAUAUGUUACCUGUGAACACACCACAGCAUCGAUAACAUACUUUCUUGGCUCUUUCAUCACAGACUGUCAAACAACAUGGGCCAAAAAUUCGCAGAAGACCAGUUAUGUUACUUUGUGAUGGCUCUGUAGUUUUGAUGCAGGCAAUGGCUCAUAAUCUAUGUGGCCUUAGUCUCAAUGAACUACUAUCACAAUAUUAUCACAUUGUGACGGGACAAGGAAAGGAGCAUGCACUUGCACUUCCUAUCCUACAUAGAUGCCUGAGCCAUGUAAUGAAAAACGCAAAGGACCUCUGCAAAAAACAUGCCGCGAAACACUAUCGUCUGUGCAUGCAUGUCUUCGGGCUGAUGACCCAGGCUACUACUCUAAAAGAACUUGAUCAAGUAGUAGUUAGUGCCACCGUGCUGCUGGCAAGUCCAUGCAGUGGGGAAAAUGUUGAGAAACAUUUUAAAGACCUUCAGACGCUUUUGACAGCAGUUGCCCAGCCAGUCAUCGAUGACUCAGGCAUUGCUGAGGAAGACUUUGUGGUAGGUAAUCCUUUGUAGAAUUGUAAAAUAAAAUGGA